AUGCACGAAACUGCGGCUGGCAUGGAAACGGAGGCUGGGACAGAAAUUGCGGCCACUAGCGCUCGGUCGGUGAUGAGUCAGGCGGAGGUGGUGCGCUACCAACGUCAGCUAUUGGUAGCGGAUAUAGGACCUGCGGGCCAGGCCGCGUUGCUUCGUUCUUCUGUCGUGAUGGUUGGUUGUGGCGGUCUCUGUGCCGGUGCGUUGCCGUCAAUGGCUGGAGCGGGAGUAGGGUGUUUAACGCUGGUCGACGGGGACGUGAUUGACCCGACUAAUCUGCACCGUCAGACGAUCUACCGCACUUGUGACCAAGGACAGUAUAAGGCUGUCGCUGCCGAAGCCUAUGUCCGCGCCUUGAACCCAGGUUGUCAGGUCCAGACGGAAUCCGAGUUCCUCACCCCUAACAACGCCCUACGUCUCUUUGAAAACGCCGACCUCAUCUUAGACUGCACCGACUCACUCCCUGCGCGCCGCCUCAUCUCCGAUGCCGCUGAAAUCACCGCCAGAAAUCGCCACAGACUGCUACCGGUAAUCUCCGGCUCUGCCCUCAAGAUGCAGGGACAUAUCCUCCUCUACGGCCUGGAGACAACCCACACCUAUCGCACGCUGCUUGGCAGCCAAAGCUGGCUGCAACGGUGUCUCCAGCCGGGACGGCAGGACUGCGCCACCGCCGGCAUCUUCGGGCCCGUGCCGCAAAUCAUUGGCCACCUCAUGGCCGCAUCGGCUCUUAAAGUGCUCAUGGGCCACCCGCUGCCGGAGUGGAAUUUCAUGCUGUAUGACCUGGCGACGUCCAAGGCGCCGUUUCAGUGUGUGCGACUCAAGCCACGAACCGCAGAGCCUGCCAUUGAAGCCUUUGUUCCCGCGGAUUACAUAACCAGCUGCGGCGCCGGAUCCAGCAGCGCGGUGUCGCUGCCCUGGCUCGAGACGAUCACCUGGCAGCAGUCGUUCGACUUGGGCAAAAACGGCAAGGCCGUAAUAUACGUGGACGCCCGACCAAUCACCAUGUCCCAAGUCGGCAGCAUGCCCAAUGCCCGCCUCAUUCCCGCCGCGCUACUCCAAGCCAAAGCGCUCGAAGCCCUAGACGCCGCCUCCCUAGACCCCGUUGCUGCCCUCUUUGCCUUCGAACCGGAGUCUGGGUCCGGCUCGGCGCAGAGCGGCUCGGCGCAGAGCGGCUCGGACCUGACCGCCUCGGGCCAGGCCGGGCCGGACAUCCAUUUCUACUGCCGCCGGGGUAAUGCUAGCCGCAACUGCGCCGAGACGCUAUGCCGCUUGGUGCAAAGCAGCCGCGAAUGGGGUGACCAUUGGCUGCAGCACGUGCAGGUUUGCGCCGUUACCGAAGGCUUCAGCGUCCUCGUCGACAAUUUUCCGGGAUUCCGCGACUUACUUGUGAUUUAG